CACUUUUUGCUGGUUCAUGUAAGAGUAGAAGAGGGCGCUGAAUAUACAUUUCCCACCGGGCUGUCGCUGCUGUCGAGGCGGACUUUUGGGGUACGGAAAGCUCGGUACCGUUCGAACACAACGCCUGCCACGUUAAGUAACCGGGGAACGACAUCGAAUAUAGGCCACGACGGCAGCCGGGUGACAACCCACUACUACCCCAAGCGGUCCGCUUCCACAGGGAGCGGGGAGUCAUCUUGAGGAGUAGGGGAGGAUUGGAUUGGAUUGGAUUGGUGUGGUGUCUUGGAGCCGGGUCAUCCGGGGUGAGAACUCAUGAAUGGAAAGCGGAACAACAGGAGCCGCUAGAGCCCAAGCCCUUUUUUCAUUGCCACGGCGACCCGGCUAUGGCACCAUUGGGAAGCCCAUCAAGCUUCUUGCCAACUGUUUCCAGGUUGACAUCCCCAAGAUUGACGUCUACCUCUAUGAAGUGGACGUCAAACCUGACAAAUGUCCUCGCAGGGUAAACAGGGAGGUGGUGGGCUCCAUGGUUCAGCACUUCAAGGUAACCAUCUUUGGUGACCAUCUUCCAGUUUAUGAUGGGAAGAAAAGCCUCUACACCGCUAACCCACUUCCUGUUGCCACUGGUGGGGUUGAUUUGGAUGUCACCCUCCCAGGGGAGGGUGGGAAGGACCGUCCAUUUAAGGUCACCAUGAGGUUUGUAUCAUUGGUCAGCUGGCAUCUGCUGCACGAUGUCCUGAUGGGACGUGGAGUAUCUGAACCGCUGGACCUGGAGAAACCCCUCAGCAACAACCCAGUGCAUGCCGUUGAUGUUGUUCUGCGACAUCUGCCCUCCAUGAAGUACACCCCUGUUGGACGAUCCUUCUUCUCCUCCCCCGAGGGCUAUGACCACCCGCUCGGUGGAGGCAGGGAGGUUUGGUUUGGCUUCCACCAGUCUGUACGACCGGCCAUGUGGAAGAUGAUGCUCAACAUCGAUGUGUCCGCCACCGCUUUUUAUAAAGCCCAGCCAGUCAUCCAGUUCAUGUGUGAGGUCCUCGACAUUCACAACAUUGACGAGCAGCCUCGCCCUCUCACCGAUUCCCACAGGGUCAAAUUCACCAAAGAGAUCAAAGGUUUGAAAGUGGAAGUAACACACUGUGGAACGAUGCGUAGGAAGUACAGAGUCUGCAAUGUAACGAGACGCCCAGCAAGCCUUCAAACUUUCCCUUUGCAACUGGAGAAUGGCCAGACAGUUGAACGCACAGUGGCACAAUACUUCAGAGAGAAGUACAAUUUGCAUCUCAAGUAUCCCCACCUGCCUUGCCUGCAGGUGGGCCAAGAGCAGAAACACACCUACCUGCCCCUCGAGGUGUGUAAUGUUGUUGCUGGUCAGCGCUGCAUUAAAAAACUGACAGACAACCAGACAUCCACCAUGAUAAAAGCAACAGCCCGCUCUGCCCCAGACAGACAGGAGGAGAUCAGCCGCCUGGUGCGGAGUGCCAAUUACGAUGCUGAUCCAUUUGUCCAGGAGUUCCAGUUCCAUAUACGUGAUGAGAUGGCUCAGGUGACUGGCCGCGUCCUGCCGGCCCCCAUGCUGCAAUAUGGCGGCAGGGUGAGCUCUGAACCCUUUAUGAACCGCACGGUGGCCACGCCCAGUCACGGGGUGUGGGACAUGAGGGGGAAGCAGUUUCACACCGGAGUGGAGAUCAAGAUAUGGGCCAUUGCCUGUUUCGCCACCCAGAGGCAGUGCCGUGAAGAGAUUCUCAAGAGCUUCACUGACCAGCUGCGGAAGAUCUCAAAGGAUGCUGGGAUGCCCAUCCAGGGCCAACCAUGUUUUUGUAAAUAUGCCCAGGGUGCUGACAGUGUGGAGCCCAUGUUCAGACACCUGAAGAAUACGUACCUGGGCCUGCAGCUAAUCAUCGUAAUCCUCCCUGGCAAAACUCCUGUCUAUGCUGAGGUAAAGCGGGUCGGAGACACCCUCCUUGGCAUGGCCACUCAGUGUGUCCAGGUGAAGAAUGUAGUGAAGACCUCGCCGCAGACACUGUCCAACCUCUGCCUCAAGAUCAAUGUCAAGCUCGGAGGCAUCAAUAACAUCCUAGUUCCUCACCAACGACCCUCCGUGUUCCAGCAGCCUAUCAUCUUCCUUGGGGCUGACGUCACUCAUCCUCCAGCAGGAGAUGGAAAGAAGCCAUCUAUUGCAGCGGUGGUUGGUAGCAUGGAUGCCCACCCCAGCAGGUACUGCGCUACAGUGCGAGUCCAGAGACCCAGACAGGAAGUCAUCCAAGACUUGGCGUCCAUGGUGCGAGAGCUCUUGAUCCAGUUCUACAAAUCGACCCGCUACAAGCCAACCAGGCUUAUCUUUUACAGGGACGGUGUGUCUGAGGGCCAGUUCAGACAGGUGCUAUACUAUGAGCUACUAGCUAUCAGGGAGGCCUGCAUCAGUCUGGAGAAGGAAUACCAGCCUGGGAUUACCUAUAUUGUUGUACAAAAACGACAUCACACUCGUCUCUUCUGUGCCGAUCGCAAUGAGCGGGUUGGAAGAAGCGGAAACAUUCCUGCAGGCACGACGGUGGACACAGACAUCACUCACCCUUAUGAAUUUGACUUUUACCUCUGCAGUCAUGCUGGAAUCCAAGGCACAAGCAGGCCGUCCCACUAUCACGUGUUGUGGGAUGACAACUGUUUUACUGCCGAUGAGUUCCAGCUCCUCACCUACCAGCUGUGCCACACCUACGUACGCUGCACGCGUUCUGUCUCCAUCCCAGCACCGGCCUACUACGCCCACCUGGUGGCCUUCCGUGCACGCUACCACUUGGUGGACAAAGAGCAUGACAGUGCGGAGGGCAGCCACAUCUCAGGGCAGAGUAACGGCAGGGACCCCCAGGCACUGGCCAAGGCCGUGCAGAUCCACCACGACACACUGAGGACCAUGUACUUUGCCUGAACGCGCCUCCCGCAUUUAUACACCGCUCCCCUGGUCGUCUCACACGCACCAGUGAAGAGUUGCCUGUAUGCAAGUUGAAGUUGAAUUCACAGGUCAUUCUCGCCUUCCAGAUUUGACAGCAGCUCGGUACGUGUGUGCAUGUAGAGAUAAGGUGGCGAGAUAAUGGAAAAACCAAAAGCACCUGAUUAUUAUUAUUGUCAUUUAAAACAAGUAGCAACGAAUGAGCCUCAAACUCGCUGAUGGGUUUACGUAUUUUCCGUGUCUUGUAAGUUGUAUGUGUGCAUUCUGCAAAAACGGCAGCCUUUGUGUGGAUGCUUUUAAGCCAGCGGUGAGUCCCAGUGCUUCAGCCAGUCAGUUUGAUGCUUGACUUGCGUGAACGCCAUACUUGAGGCAUGUUGUAUCCCUUGUUGCCUUACUGUGAAGUGCGUAAACUUUGGACUGUUAAUCUCGUAAGCCAGCUGGUGCGCUCGAUCCGUCAUUGUUUUAUUUCCUUUUAAACUCGAAUCAAUCAACAUUCAUUUACAGAAACAGCAAACAAUUACCUUGACGUGUCCUUGCUGUGCAAUAAGGUGCAGAAGAAGUCAUCUCUGUGAUGAAUGCUUGCGUCUUGUGAUCAAGAAGAGGGCUGCAAAGUGUCUGCAUGGAUUUAACGGAAGUGCCUGGUCUGAUUAGAGAGUGCAAUGAAGUGUUGGCUUUGAACGUUCUCCGUUAGCGUCACAGCAUCACACUGGUGAUCUUGGCACUGCAAACUGUGUUUGCCAAACAUCACCGGAACUCAACUUAAGCUGCUGCUAGUGACAGAAUGGUGUAGUAUUUUUUUUUUCCUCAGUGCAUAUUUACCCUAUUAAUACAGAGGGACUUGAAAGUUAGUAUAUAUUCAUCGCACUUAGUGUCUUUUGCCUGCAUUGAAAGCAUCUUUAGUCACAAGUUUAUGUCCCAUUGAAGGUGUGUCCUGAUGACCACUUGUUGAUUUUACUUGAACAGUCAAUCAUGGGCAUGUUUUGUGAGCAUUUUAAUCUUUUCUGAUAGAGCUUGGGCUUACUGGACAUCUGCCCCCCCCCCCCCCCCCACCCCCCCCCACUUCAUCCAAAGAUGGAGGCAUAUUUAUAUUGUAACGUAUUUAUGUAAGAGGGGAACAGUGGAUGUUUUUUAAAUGAUAUUUUAAUCAUGGUGAUGGUCUGAUCAGUUUCCAAAUUGGUUCAUGCAAGUACUGAAGUGUGAUCGGUUCAUAAAGCAGCGAGGAAAAAGAAACGUGUGUUGAAGGUUGGUCCUCUGUGCCUUGUUGUGAUGGUGCUGAAUAACCGAGCUGUCGUCUCCACAAGUGAGCUAUUUAAUUAUGACAAUGCUGUAUUGGAGAGUUUUUGUACUUUUGUGUGUGUGCCUCAGCCAAGAACACAAAAUAUAUGCAGAAUUGAUCAACCCGGAGCUGACAGGACCAAAGGACGUGUUCAGUGGACAGGCGCUGUCAAUCCAGGAACAGUAGCUCAACGCAAACCUCAUGUAGUGUUAUUUAUUAGACUUGUUGUCCCCUUCAUCACUUUACUGCCUGAUUGAUGUGUACAUUGUUUGGACAGCAAUAAUGAAGCAGCCGGAAAGUGUCUGUGAAUCUACUUUGCUUGUCUUCCCUUGUUUUUGUGCUUUAUUAUUGCACAUAUAUUUUUUUUUAAUCUAACGUGCUAUAGAAAGGUUUACAGUCUCCCUGCAAAAAUAUACACUGUUGUUGUUGGCCGCAUAUCACACAGUAGAGGAAAUAUGUUUCACCAUUACCUCCCCCCUCCCCCCACACAGAUUUUUAAACAUAAAACUAAAGAGUAUUUUUGUUUUAACACUUGCCUGGUUGUAAUGUUAACCUUUUUAUUUUAUUUUAUUUUAUUUUUAAAUAAAUACCUUGUUUUAAUGGCGAUAACGGCAAACUAGAUGAUUACAUGUGAUGUUACGAAGAAUGACAUUUCCAUGAUUUUCGAAAACUGGUCACAUGGCAUCUGUAUUGCACUAUCAAUGCUUUCUGAUGUGACGCUAAUAAAGUAUGAUAUAUGACAUGCGGGUCAAUUCAUUUGAUAGCAUUAUUACUGUAAUUGGA